AUGUUAAAACCAGCAAGGCCAUCUUCUCAGCAGGUUAUUCUUGAUUUACAGCUGCACACCACAGUAGAGGCACAUGAAAGAGGCCCCAUUGUUGAAGAGGCCCCAGCACCAGUAGAGGCUGCACCAGUUGUUGAAGAGGCACCAGUAGAGGCUGCACCAGUUGUUGAAGAGGCCACAGCACCAGUAGAGGCUGCACCAGUUGUUGAAGAGACCCCAGCACCAAUAGAGGCUGCACCAGUUGUUGAAGAGACCCCAGCACCAAUAGAGGCUGCACCAGUUGUUGAAGAGGCCCCAGCACCAGUAGAGGCUACAGGAGUUGUUGAAGAGGCACCCGUAGAGGCUGCGCCAGUUGUUGAAGAGGCCCCAGCACCAGUAGAGGCUGCAGCAGUUGUUGAAGAGGCCCCAGCACCAGUAGAGGCUGCGCCAGUUGUUGAAGAGGCCCCAGCACCAGUAGAGGCUGCGCCAGUUGUUGAAGAGGCCCCAGCACCAGUAGAGGCUGCAGCAGUUGUUGAAGAGGCACCAGUAGAGGCUGCGCCAGUUGUUGAAGACGUCCCAGCACCAGUAGAGGCUGCGCCUAAAGAAGAGACCUCUGCACCAAUUGUUGAGGCUCCAGCACCAGUAGAGGCUGCGGCAGUGGUAGAAGAGGCCUCAACGCCAGUAGAACUGGCUGUGGAACCAGUUGUGGAAGAAGUCGCAGCAACCCCUGCUGUGGAAGUAGCCACCGCGGUGGUGGUGGAAGAAGCAGCUGCAGAGACCCUGGCAGAAGGUCCCAAGAGAGAGUACAUUGUUGUGGUUCUGGAAGGAACACCGAAAGCUGAAAAAAGGCCAAAGGUGCUGGGAGUAGGGCCCUUGACUGGAAGAAUCAUCCAAGCUCCAGAAGAGGAUGAUGCCCCUUCUUCUGAGUAAACUGCUCCCGAAUGAUGACUUUCUAUCCUGCAGAAGAAGAGGAUGUGCCUUUCUCAAACCCUUUCCCUUUCUCCCUUCACCCAUAAAAAUGCAAGGCACAAAAAUGUAGUUUCAGUGAAAAGAUACACAUACCGCAGUGUUUAAAUCAAUGCCUACUCUAUGGAACCAUCCUCCCUCACAUAUUGGCGGUGCCCAUAUGGCCCAUUACUGUGACACUCCACACUGACUUGACUGUAUAGUCCCAGCUGCGCCCAGUCAGUAGUUGAACAGAUCUCUGGUUUAUCAUGUAGUAGCCUCAAUAAGAGUUCUUGUAACUUCUGUGAAUUGUAACCCGACAAAACUGAGCCAUUCAGUCACCCUAUUUUUUUCUUUUUGUACUGUUACAGUGUUCACUGCCUCAGAAAUCACUCCAGUGCAAUACCUUGAUACUCAUCACCGCAUCCUGUUAACCCAGGCUCUGCCCAGCCACUUGUAAUGUGAAACUAGUGUUAUAUUGUAAAGAAGCAAGGCCUGUUUUUAUUCACCAGCAUUCUUUUCAAUACCCGGCCUCAGGUUUUUCUCUGGAAAAAAAACUUGCUGUAGUUUUUGUUUUAGGAAGAAAGACCAUCCUACCUCACCGUGUUCUCAGUCUUUAAAAUGACACCAUAGACCUCUUCUUGAUGCAGUCACAGUGUUACAGUUCCUAAGCCGCUGACUUCAAACACUGCAUUCUUACUUUUCAGAAGCUGUAAUUUGAUCACCUAAACUUAUCAUGCCAAACUAAAUAAGGCAGGCAUUUGUUGAUUACCCUUUAAUUGUCUUCCUUUUUUUAAAGGGUAAUUUAACACUGGAACAGAGGAAAACUGCUGCUCUGCUGUCAUUGGGUCAAAAAUCUUAAAGCAUGGGAGUUCAGCCCCAACAAGAUGUAGCGAAAUGUUUAUUCAAACCGAAACGGCGGUGCAUCGAACACAUGCUCCUUUUUUUGCCGUCGCUGCUGAUUGGCUAACACCUCUGACACACCCACCAAACGAGAAAAAACAUACCUCAAAGAUCGUUGCACAAUGAUUCACACCGUUCUAAGGAUACAUGAGGAUCAACCCGGAAACCAUGGCAAAACACAGUUGUGAAAUUGAAUGUGCCCCAUGUACCCUUCUAGCCACACCCCCAGUUGGUGAUGUCACAGCAGGAUUUUGACAUUGAUUUGGGGUAUGGCCAGGCAUGAAACAAACUUGAGAGGCCACCGGUGUUUUCCUCUUUAUAUUCAGUGUUGAGUUACCUUUUUAGUUUGUUCCUCCUUAAUUUUGUAGACAGUCUAAUGAUUAUAUAGUGAAUGUAUAACAUUUGGGAAAUCCUCUGAUAUUAUGUUGCAAUCUUUUAAACUUUGGCUUAUGUUAUAUGGAUAGUGCAACAGUCCUUGUAUCAUUUGUAUCCACAUCUCCUCCUUAGCCAUUGAUAUAGAUGCAAGGGUUGGAUAAGGGAAUGGAUAAGUAGCCGCAUGUUCUUUCACUCUUUGCUUUUUCUUGUCUUGUUCUAGCCGUCCGGUCUGCGUGGAUGUAUGAUAUGAAGGCUUGCAGCAAGUAUGAACCGUAAUGAUGCUGAUGUGCUGGUGUGACAUGAAAUGUGUGUGUGUUUUUGGAAGUGUUGCAGUACGUCUGAAGUAAAGUCUCCAGUAUGAAAUGCUUUGACAAGUCGCUUGUAGUUCUCUCUUCUUUGAUUUCUUUUCAGAUUUUCUCGCCUCCGCUGUCUGAGUUUCGGCCUUUGUUAGCUUUGUGUACGCUAUUUAAAAUGGAUCACUGAGGGGAGAAUUGAACUUGCCUGUUAGUAUGGAUUUAAAAAUGGGAAUGAUUUUAUUCUGAGGUUUCUAUGAUAGGAUGCGGGGUGGAUGCCUUUGACUUAGCAAAGGAGAGAAACUGACGGUUUCACAUGUUACUGUUUUUCUUGUUUUUGCAAAAUAAAGCGGGAUUAAUCUUGAAUUUA